UGUCCAGCACCAAAGAUAAAAAUAUGUCGCUGGAGGAGAAAGACUACCAAUUUGGUGGACACACUGUAAAGAUUAGUCUGUUUAAGGAAUCUUUUCUGGGCGUUUCUGCUUAUGUCUGGGGACCUGGUCUUGCUCUUUGUCAGUACUUUGAGGCCGAGAAGUUUAACUUUACUGGGAAGAAGCUUCUUGAACUUGGGUCGGGAAGCGGGAUCGUGGGGAUUCUGGCAACGUUGCUGGGCGGGGAUGUCACUCUGACGGACAAACCACACGUUUUGAAGCAAAUCGAGUACAAUGUCUCUGCCAACAUUCCUCUCGGCUCCAGACACCGGAUAAAAAUCAGCUCCCUGGUUUGGGGGACUGAUCAGAAAAACUACCCAAACGAUUUUGAUUUCAUCCUGGGCUCGGAUAUCGUGUACAGCCCAAUUCAAUUUCCUUUCCUUUUACAGACACUGCAAGAUCUCUGCAGCUCCAAUACGGUCAUUUACUUGUCUUCUGAUAUGAAGUAUAGAGAGGGGUCGGUCAAAUUCCACGAGGAGCUGGUGCCAGAGCAGUUUAACAGCGAGGUCAUUCAUAGAAACGGAAGUAACUGCAUUUACAAAGUGACCAAAAAGCCUCAGUCAAUGAGCACCGCUUUCUGA